CAUCUAGUAUUCUUCUCCUCUUACGCACAUCAAAAAUCAACAAUCCCCAAUCUUUUCAUAAACACGUUGAUCCUUUGUCUGAAUUCCCCCCUCAGAUACUCUCCUACCCAAUUUCCUCCGGCAUAAUCUUUAUUUCCUUGCUAUUUCAGCAAGUAAAUUUUGGAUUGAUACCAUUCUUCUGCUUUGAUUGGAAGUUGUACUUGAAUAUGGGGAUCUCUGAUACGGUACGUAACCUUUUUUCCUGUAUCAAGUCACGCUCUGCAAGUGAUGCUGAUGAUUCUGCCCAUAAUGUCGAGUUUGCUGGUGGAAAUGUAUGCCUUGUUACUACAAAAGAAAGCUGGGAUCAGAAGUUGGCAGAAGCAAAUAAAGAGGGCAAAAUUGUUAUUGCAAAUUUCAGUGCUUCAUGGUGUGGUCCAUGUAGAAUGAUUGCUCCAUUCUACUGUGAGCUAUCUGAGAAAUAUCUUUCUCUGAUGUUUCUAACAGUCGAUGUUGAUGAGCUUACGGAAUUCAGUUCAUCCUGGGAUAUCAAAGCAACUCCAACCUUCUUUUUCCUCAAGGAAGGCGAGCAGAUUGACAAACUUGUAGGAGCCAAUAAACCAGAGCUGCAGAAGAAGAUAACCGCAAUUGCAGACACACAGGUUGCAUGCGAGAAACAACCGCAGUAAUUGCAGUUGGAGGUGGGAAUUGUCUUAAAAAUCCAUGCUUUCCAGUUUUUGUCAAGAAAUUCAGAUCUCCAUUAGGACUCCUUCCUUUCUUUGAGUUGUUGCCAAUAUGUUGUACAGUUGUACAUUGAGCCACUACAAAUUUUGGGAUAUCUCGUGUGUAUGUAAAAGAACUGAAGGCAGUCCCCAUCUUCAAAACCCCCAACCAAAAAAAUAAAAACAGAUCAAAAAACAUAAAAAGAAUGAUGUGAUUGGAAUAAAAUUAAGGCUUGGUUAUCUCAA